AGAAGCCUCGCAACCAUUCACAACUUACAUAGGAAUGAAGACAUUUGGAACGUACACUUACCUCGUCAACGGCGGUCAGAAAAGACGAGAUAACAUGUUGACGUUCGAGUUUGGGAGUGAGAGUUCAGCCACACAAGCCAGUUUGACUGAGCAACAUGACUUUUGUAAAAACGUAUCCAUGAAAUUAAUGGCACUCUCAAGAAGUCAUGUCAAACCAAUUGGCUUUGAAAGGCGAUUUAAGGGACUAUCAAGUUGAGGAUGCCAUCACUGUGGACAUAAAUGAGACGAUCAUACUUACAAAAAAGUGGCUUUAUUUAUUCACUUUAACACACGCGCACACGUAUUUUUAACUUACUUCAUCAGUUUGAACGCCAGAGUGAGCCAUUUCACCACAGCAGAUUUGACACUUAGCUGCACGACCGGGGCCAACUGAUCGGAUGUGGCUUUUCGUCACUUCUCCUCCGUUCUGGCGGGUUGGCUUCAAAAUCAAAUAGACAACAAAGCAUGUCAAGGAUCGUUCUAGGGUCGCCGCAGUGCCCUCAAAUCUUUUCUCUUUAUUUAUUUUUACUUGAGUUAACUCAUCUAAUAUCAACGUUGUAAAGCAAUCGGGGUUUGCUUGUCGAAAAUCUUGCAUCAAAUGGAUCGACCGGCAAGAAAGACCAAGAGCAUCAAUUACUGCGAGUCCAGGGAUCUUGACGACGACGAUGAAGACUUCGCCUGUGUGAAGCCCCCACCUGGCAAGAAACUCAAACAUCAGGAGCCAAGGAACACACCAAGCCAAGAGAGCAACAAAAGCAGAAAAGCUCUAGACCAAAAGCUGAUGACUCGAGAUCUGGAGGCAGCAAUUACCCUCUCCUUGCUCAAUAACACACACGAGACGAAAGUAGCGCCUCCUGCUGGUCACGCCGACGAGAACAUCAAUCCCGCUGACCUUUGGCGCUCCAACUGCAGUGUGGAUUCAUCACUUUUGGGCUUGGAUAAGAUCUCCGAGGAGAGGCACAUGAAACGUCCUCAAGACGAUGACGAUUAUGACCCCAAACGGACGCGCGUUUCAGAUUCGGAGAGCGAGGAGGACAUCAGUGAGGAUGAGGAGUUCACCGUGAAGAAGAAGAGCCAGAAAAAGAAGGAGAGUGACAAGCGUUCCGGCAGCAAAAAAGAAAGACAGCCACCCAAGCUAAAAGCUCAACCCCGGACAGCAUCUACACCGCACCCUGCGCCCACGCCGAGAAGCCCCCCAACGCUUAAACCCGCCGUAUCCAAACCGCCAGUCUCAGUCAGUCCGACAGAAGGCAGGAUUCCUAAAUGGACCCCACCAGGUCAAAUUGGAAAAUGUCCACCUUCAUCCCAGAGUCCUCCCGCCAGGUCUCCCGGACAAGGCCUUCGUCUGGGACUGUCCCGACGUGUUCGAGUCAAACCGCUGCACCCCAGCAACACGGCCACCUGAUCAUAUGAGGAAUGACAAGUUUCUCUCUUUUUUUUUUUUUAACACGUGUAAAUUAUGAAAUUCUUUUCUACUUUUGUUGGAUGAAAAUAAAGUGAAAAUAAAAGUCAAAGAUUUGUAAUUAUUCUGGUUCAA